CCUGAAACUUCCGCUUUGACGUAGUUCCGGUGUUACACACGUGCUGUGAGCUCAUGUUUAUGAUAUUACGAUAGAAUUUCGCAUAUUCCUCUCCCAGAUCUCUGGAUUUGAUCAAAAAUGCCUAAAGUUAAAGCGGAAAAGAAAUCUCGACAGCACCAAGAGGUGAAAAGUCAAGGCAUCAUGUUCAACACUGGUAUUGGGCAGCAUAUUCUGAAAAACCCCUUGGUGGUGAACGGGAUUAUUGAGAAGGCAGCCUUGAGACCGACAGAUGUGGUGCUGGAAGUCGGACCUGGAACUGGAAACAUGACCGUGAAGCUUCUGGAAAAAGCCAAAAAAGUAGUAGCGUGUGAGCUGGAUACCAGACUUGUAGCUGAACUUCAGAAACGAGUGCAGUGCACACCGAUGCAGACGAAGCUUCAGAUUUUGGUUGGUGAUGUUUUGAAGACUGAGCUGCCAUUCUUUGAUGUCUGUGUAGCAAAUUUACCCUAUCAGAUAUCAUCACCAUUUGUCUUCAAGCUACUUCUUCACAGACCUUUCUUCAGAUGUGCAGUGCUGAUGUUCCAGAGGGAGUUUGCCAUGCGGCUGGUGGCGAAGCCUGGAGAUAAGCUCUACUGUCGACUGUCCAUUAACACACAACUACUGGCCAGAGUGGACCACCUCAUGAAGGUUGGGAGAAACAAUUUCAGACCUCCUCCUAAAGUGGAAUCUAGUGUUGUCAGGAUCGAACCAAAAAAUCCACCACCACCCAUCAAUUUUCAGGAAUGGGACGGUCUUGUCAGAAUUGCAUUUGUAAGGAAGAACAAAACUCUGAGUGCGGCCUUCAAGUCUGCUGCUGUUGAACAGCUUUUGGAGAAGAACUACAGAAUUCAUUGCUCCAUGCACAACAUUGAAGUACCACAGGACUUCAGUAUUUCCCAGAAACUCGACAGCGUUCUACAGGAAGUAGAGUUUAGUGAAAAACGGGCACGAUCAAUGGACAUAGAUGACUUCAUGGUACUACUUCAUGCGUUCAAUUCGGCUGGGAUCCACUUUUCAUGAAGCUUCAAACACAGGAUGGCUGGACGAUAUAUUAUCUAUAAAAUUAAAUAAUGAAUUUUAUUUAUAGUGCACCUCUCAUUUUGAUAUUAAUCUCAAGAUGCUACUACAUUAUUCCAAAGUGUACAAUAAACCAUAUUUUCUCUA